AUGUCCCCACGUCGAGCCGCCAACAAGAGCAAGGCGCAGCCUCGGGCCUACACGGUCCUCUACAACUCGGAGAACCACUGGUCCGUUAUCACCCAAAUGAAAGGGUCGUCCUGGCCACGAGUGUUCCCUUAUUGUGUUUUGAAUGUCUGCCUGAUGCUCGCAUUGACAUAUUUCAAGUUUGAUGGGAUAGAUGCCUUUGAAAUCUCGGAUCAAGGACAUAACUUUGUGACCCUCGUCAUGUCCUUCUUAUUGGUCUCGCGAGUGACCAUGGCACUGGCCAGAUACGGCGAAGCAAGGACGCAUAUCGGAUCCAUGUUGCGAGGAGCUCGCGAAUUGAUCCAGUAUGCUACCGUCUACACGGGCGUCGAAAACGACGAUGCGGCAGCCAAGGAAUGGCGGAAUGAAGUGACUUAUCGAACUCUGGCACUCGUCCGUUGCACUGUCGCCGUUAUUUCAUACCCAACAACAAAGAUUCCAUCCUGGGACAUCCCAGAGCUUAAUGGCGUGGAAAAGGAUGAUAUCAAGGGUAACAUCUUCUUGAACCCAGCAACCUUGCGUUACGCCCAUGAAGUUCGAUCCGAAUACGAAGAAAACUUGCGAGUACCAAUCCGUCUCGCGUACAUGCUGCGCAAGAGCAUUCAUGGUCAAGAACAUCGACUCGGCAAACCCCUUCAUAUCUCGAGAGAAUUGAAAAUUAUGAGUGCAGUAGAUGGAUUUAUGAAUGGAUUCUAUGGCAUUCGAAAGUUCAUGACGACUCCCGUACCCUUCCCUCUCAUUCAAAUGGCGCGAACAUUCCUUUUCCUUUACAUCUUCACGGUUCCCUUUGUUCUGGUCUCGGACGAGAGUAGUACCUUUGCCCACUGCUUCACCGUUUUCCUCUUGACCUACGGAUUCUUCGGUUUGGAGGUGGUCGCCAUUGAACUUGACAAUCCAUUCGGUGAAGAUGACAAUGAUUUCAAUGUGCUCGCCUUGGCCAACUCGGCUAUUGAGGACAUUUAUCUCUUUAUACGAGACUGCGACGGACCGGAGUGGGCGGAUCUGCUCCUUGAACGCAUGCGACCCAAGCAAAGGCAAAGCUACCAAACGGGCCAGCUGGUUUAG